GGCCCCGUCGUGUCCACCUCGGUCGGUCGGAUCGUGUGUAGUGUCGUUCUCCGCCCGGGCUCACUCGUCGCUCGGCCUUAGCGUCCGUCACCUCGCGACACGCCAACCGGCCCCGCCGCACACACCUCGCGCCGCCGCGCAGCGCCCGGAACACAGACGAGCACGUCCGCGUCCUCGCCCUCGCCGCCCACGGCCGCGACCUCCGCCCCCGCGUACCCCGCGCACCCCUCCGGCACGGGAGCACCCCGUCGGCCGACAGCCCCGCAGCACACCGGAGCAGCAAGGAGGAGAGAAUGGAGCGUGGAAAAGGGUCAUACACCUUGGAGAUGAAGCCGCCCGCGACCCUGCCGUACACGAGCCCGCCACACCUCGGCCUGCCUCAGCACGCCAGCCCUCCACACAACGGCACGGCGGCGCUCAACGGGGGCCCAAGGAAGGGCGCGCCGCCGGACUCGGUCUCGGUCUUCACCGUCAGCUCGGCGGCGCUCAUCCCUGUGGAGCCCGCCGGGGAGAACGAGAUGUCGUCGGGCGACGUCUACGAUCCUUACGACCACCGCGAAAUGGACCAUCCAACGAAUAACUUCGAGACCUGGGUGCACAUGCUGAAGGGCAGCCUGGGCACGGGCGUGCUGGCCAUGCCCCACGCCUUCAACAACGCCGGGCUGAUUGUCGGGCUCAUCGGCACCAUCUGCAUCGGCUCGGUCUGCACCUACUGCCUGCACGUGCUCCUGAGGUGCCAGUACGAGCUGUGUCGGCGGGCUCGCCUGCCCGUGCUCAACUACCCGGACACAAUGAGGAUGGCCCUCGAGACCGGGCCCACGCGGCUGCGGUUCCUCGCGCGCUACUCCGUGCCCAUCGUUGACACAUUCCUGGUCACGUACCAGCUCGGCAUCUGCUGCGUGUACAUCAUGUUCGUGGCGGAGAACCUGAAGCAGGUCGUGGACGCCUGGACGCACACGGAGACCCGGCUGUCGUACUACAUGCUGGCCCUGCUGCUGCCGCUCAUCCUCCUCAACUACAUCCGCAACCUCAAGUACCUGGCGCCGCUGUCCACGCUGGCCAACGCCAUCACGUUCGUGGGCUUCGGCAUCAUCCUCUACUACGUGUUCUCGGCUCUGCCCGACGUCUCCGAGCUGCCGUACGUGAGGCCCUUCGGCUCCCUGCCCCUCUUCAUCGGCACCACCCUCUUCGCCCUCGAGGCCGUCGGCGUGGUGGUCGCCCUGGAGAACAACAUGAAGACCCCUCGCUCGUUCCCGGGCUACACGGGCGUCCUCAACCGCUCCAUGGUCGUCAUCGUGAGCCUGUACGCCUUCAUCGGCUUUUUCGGCUUCAUCCGAUACGGCGAGCUUUCGCAACCGUCCAUUACCCUAAACUUGCCCAACGGAGACAUUCCCGCGCAGAUCUGCAAGCUCGUCUUCGCCAUCGCCAUCUUCAUCACCUACGCCCUGCAGUGCUACGUCCCCCUGGACGUGCUGUGGGAGCAGCGCCUCAAGAAGAGGAUGGAGAAGAACAGCCACCUGCUGCUGUGGGAGUACGUCGUCAGGACCGUCCUCGUCCUCUUCACCUUCGGAGUGGCCAUCGCCGUGCCCAAGCUGGACCUGUUCAUCUCGCUGUUCGGCGCCCUGUGCCUGGCCGCGCUCGGCCUCGUGUUCCCCGCGCUCAUCGACAUCUGCGUGACGUGGCCCAACACGGGCCGCUACCACUGGAUCGCGGUCCGGGACGUGCUCAUCUUCGUGUUCGGGCUGUGCGCGCUCGCCAUCGGCUCCUACACGGCGCUCAGGGACAUCAUCCUGUCCUUCGUGUAGGAGUGCAAAAGAAUCUCCAGGCCGUUUGCAGUAUUGCGUUGGGCGGGUGGGGCGGCCCGCGUGCGUGCCGCUGGACGGCGCGCGCCUCUGGGGGAAGGACAUGCUGGCCCUGGUGUGUCCUCCCACUCGCCCUGUUUAGUACACCCCACCCUAAACAAACUCUAGGGAACUCCCUACCUUUAAAAAAAAAAUGACAAUUGUGAAAUGUGAUAUUUUAGAUCCAUCGACGGUGACGCGUGGUCUGCCACGCAACCACGUAGUUUGAGUGGUUUUUAAUAGUGCUGGAAGUUUUGGCUUUAAACUACUGUAGGCUAUGCAAGGUUCUACAAUUUUAUUUAACUU